UUGAAUAGGAAAGAAACAGACUUAGGGUUUAAUCAAUUUGACUCUUCCAGAUUCUUCUUCUGUGAAACGACACACAGUCAACGUGCACUGUGAGUGAAGAAGGGGAGCAAUCAUGGGUGGCAGGCCUCGCUGUUUUUUGGACAUUACCAUCGGAGAUGAGCUGGAGGGGAGGAUCAUCGUCGAACUCUACAAUGAUGUAGUCCCCAAAACCGCUGAGAAUUUCAGAGCUCUUUGUACUGGAGAGAAGGGCAUUGGCCCCAACACCGCCGUUCCCCUGCAUUACAAGGGGUCACGUUUUCAUCGUGUCAUUAAAAGUUUUAUGGUACAAGGUGGCGAUAUAUCUGCUGGGGAUGGAACCGGCGGGGAGUCCAUUUACGGGCUGAAGUUCGAAGAUGAGAAUUUCGAACUAAAACAUGAAAGGAAGGGUAUGUUGUCCAUGGCCAAUGCUGGGCCCAAUACUAAUGGUUCCCAGUUUUUCAUCACCACGACUCGGACAUCACAUCUGGAUGGAAAGCACGUUGUGUUUGGGAAGGUCAUCAAAGGCAUGGGAGUUGUUCGUUCUGUUGAGCAUGCCACUAUUGGUGAAAAUGAUUGUCCCACAGUUGAUGUUGUUAUAUCUGAUUGUGGAGAAAUUCCAGAGGGAGCUGAUGAUGGCACGGCAAAUUUCUUCAACGAUGGUGAUUUGUUUCCUGACUGGCCUGCUGACCUUGAUGAGAAUUCUAGUGACCUAUCCUGGUGGGUGACAGCUGUAGAAUCAAUAAAAGGAUAUGGAAAUGAGCAUUUUAAGAAGCAAGACUACAAGAUGGCUCUUCGGAAGUACCGCAAGGCUCUCCGCUAUUUGGAUGUGUCCUGGGAAAAGGAAGAGAUUGAUCAAGGUGAUAAGAGCCAAAUUUUGAGAAAGCUGAAGGGACAGAUAUUCACCAAUAGUUCUGCAUGUAAACUAAAACUAGGAGACUUGAAGGGAGCACUUUUGGACACAGAUUUUGCGAUGCGUGAUGGUGGAGACAAUGCCAAGGCAUUGUUCCGGCAGGGCCAGGCACAUGUGGCUCUCAAUGAUAUCGAUUCAGCAGUCGAAAGCUUUAGGAAGGCAUUGGAAUUGGAACCAAAUGAUGGAUCAAUAAAAAAGGAGUAUGCUGCUGCAAAGAAGAAGGUUGCAGAUAGGCGCAAUCAGGAGAAAAAAGCAUACUCCAAGAUGUUCCUAUAGUGAUAGAGGUGAUUGGUUCAGGCCUGUUUUUGUUGUUCUCGAGUCACCUAAGGGGUCUAAAGGUAUUGAACUUGUCAUGAAAGAUCUACACGUUUGCAGAAGAUUUCGGCACCUGACUGUAGAUUUUGAAGAUGAGACUUGAGAAACCAGACCCCUUUUUGGUAAACACCACAGUACUAUAUUAUGCCUGGACCAUUCUUAAAGGCAGUAAGCUUUUUUUGUAUUGUUGCAGUCUACUGUACUUUAUUUUGCACUUCCAUUGAAAAGUUCAGACUUUCGUGCUUUACUAUUCGAAUUUUCGAACUUUUUGUA